CAGCACUGGGGUUUGCAGAGUGAUUUUGGGUCACUCUGUCUGAACGCCGUGCUCUGAUGAACAUCAGGCAUGGGGAGGAGCUGGUUGGUUGGGGCUGCAGGAAUCUUGCUGCUGUUGGGCUGCCUUGAAGCCUUGAAGACCAUCUCAUACUCAUCCCUUCUGCCCCACACAGGUGCUGGUGGGAUGGAGCCAGAGACCUGCAGCCCCUUAGGUGAUUUCCCCCCACCAGCUCUCCUACCAAACAUCUCUUCGGCUCAGGAAGGCAAUUUGGUUCUGGCCCGUUGCCUGGUUUUCUCCCAUCUCCCCGUCACCCACAUCUUCUUCUGCAAGAACGGGGUGGUGGUGGAGAACCACCCCGUGGGUCCCCAGCAGUUCACUGCCACGCUCACCAUCCAGCUUUCUGCAGAGAGCAGCGGGACCUACUGCUGUGGGUACCGACGGCGGAGCAACGUCGGGCACAUCAAGAUCUCAAGUUUGAGCAUCCCGUGGCUCCUGACCACCAGAGGUAGGAAGGGUGAGCUGAGGAACACCACCACCACCACCACAGAGAUGCCAGCUGAAGGGCUGGGAAUCUCACUCAGCCUGGCCCUUGUGGUCAUCUCCCUCCUGGUUCUGGCUUUGAGCAUCCACCUCUUCCUGCAGACAGGAAAGCGAGUCCAGCUGGCCAGCUUGAAGCAUUGCAUUCAUCCCCCAGUGGAAGAUCCCAGCAUUUCACAAAGGAAAAGUCCUCCAGGAUCUCUUGCAUCUGGAUGACUUCUUGUUGGACCACAGACAUAGCUCCUGGCUACCAAGAUUGCAGCCUCCAGUGGACAUGGCAGGGGGAAUUGGCCCCAGACAGCAUCCCUUUGGCCCAACACCACUGCUCUGCAUAGGCAAGCACCAACUGCACCUCUCCAGAUUUUCCAUUGCCAUAACGAUAGCCCUUGGCCCUGGAAGUCCAUUCAUUAAUUAAAAAGAUGCUUUUCUCUCUGAAAAUCAACUCUUUUCAUUCGUCUCUGAAUAUUUCCCACCUGCUCAAUUUCCCACCAGGUUUGAGCCUCAGUCCUGGAUGACUCUCAGCCUCAGAGAGGUAUGGUUGAUAACCAUGCUGGUGGCCACCGAGAUAUCUUUCUUGCCCAAAGCAGCACCAGGUCCCUUUGCCAACAUCACCCAAGUGUUAAGGAGCAUAAUAAAUCCAAUGGCUUUUCCCAUUCAGGUCUUCCCACUCUGCCCACCAAAGGCUCCAUUUCCUGAAUGCAUCCAAUCCAGCAGAUGGCACCAAAUGGUGCAGUUGUUGCCAUUCUGCCCUUUGGACAUUUCCUCCUUGGCCAUGGAACGUCCUGAGCUGCUGUGAUGGCACCUAGGCUCGGAUUUGCAUUUCAGAGCUACCUUGCACCAUUCCACCCCAUAAAAUCCAGCAGAGCUCAGACCCAACCCCCUCCCCCCAUCCACACCAAGACACCACGAGGCUUUCCUGUUAUUGUUAUCUGCAAUGCUUUUUUUA